AUGGACGAAGAAGUUACUAGUGAAUUUAGUACCUCCAAAGUUGUUACUGAAAACAAAGAAAAAAUUGAAAUACUAUUGAAAGCAACUGGUAAUGCGCCAAUUCUCAAGACGAAAAAAUGGAUGGUUGAAAAAGAAAAGACAGUGGCUUCUAUUCAUGAAUUCUUACGGAAACUAUUAAAACUAGAUCCAUCAGAUAGUUUGUUCUUAUAUGUGAAUCAAGCAUUUGCACCACCACCUGAUCAGACAAUGAAAAAUUUAUAUGACUGUUACAACACAGAUGGUCGUCUUGUAUUACAUUAUUGUAAAACCCAAGCUUGGGGGGCCGGCGUUAGCUAA